UGCGUUCCCAGUCCUGCUCGUGUCCGCAUCUAAACUUGUGGCCCCCGCUGCAAGAUGAAUGCUGAUGUGAACCGAAAAGUUAUGGCCAUCCAGGCGAAAAAAAAGCGCUCAAAAGGGCCCAAGUCGAAGCUCAAGGGCCGCUCGGAUGCAUCUGACAAGAAGAGGAGCGAGUCCCAGUACGACUAUCCUGGGGAGGAUGAAGAGGAGGAAGAGGAGAUUCUGGGCUCCGACGACGACGAACAGGAAGAUCCAAAGGACUACUGCAAAGGGGGCUACCACCCGGUGAAGAUUGGGGACCUGUUCCACAGUCGCUACCACGUGGUGCGCAAGCUGGGCUGGGGCCAUUUCUCCACUGUCUGGCUCUGCUGGGACCUCGUUGGCAAGAGGUUUGUGGCCCUGAAGGUGGUCAAGAGCGCCUCCCACUACACGGACACAGCGCUGGACGAGAUCAAGCUCCUCAAGGCGGUGCGGGAGAGCGACACGGACGACACCUGCCGAGAGCGGGUGGUCCAGCUCCUCGACGACUUCAGGAUCUCGGGGGUCAACGGCACUCACAUGUGCAUGGUGUUCGAGGUGCUCGGCCACAACCUGCUGAAGCUGAUCAUCCGCUCCAACUACCAGGGCAUCCCCCUGCCCAACGUGCGCACCAUCAUACGGCAGGUGCUGGAAGGGCUGGAGUACCUGCACAGCAAGUGCCAGAUUAUCCACACGGACAUCAAGCCCGAAAACAUCCUGAUAGCGGUGGAUGAGGUCUAUGUGCGCAAGCUGGCCUACGAGGCCACCCAGUGGCAGAAGAUGGGACUGCGCCUGCCAGGGUCGCUAGUGAGCACGGCGCCCAAGGAGCUCCGGGGCGGCCCCGUGGCAGUGGGUCCGGACGGGGCCGGAGGGGCCGGGGGUGCCUCGGCCAAGAUGUCGCGCAACAAGAAGAAGAAGCUGCGCAAGAAGGCCAAGCGCCAGCAGGAGCUGCUGGAGCGCCAGAUGCAGCAGCUGGAGGAACUGGACAUGGAGGAGGGCGAGGAGGACGGGGGCCAAGGAGAGCAGGACCACAAGGCCCUCAACGGGCGGGGGGCACCCUCCCCCGGGGAGGGCGAGGCCGGCCUGGACUGGACGGCGACGGCAGAAGGUGGCGACCCCUCGUGGCUGCUUCCCUCCGGGAAUGCGGAGGUGUGCAACGGCCACCGGGGCGACGGGGGGAACGCUCCAGCCCAGGGUGGAACACGCCUGGAGCGCUCGGAGAGCACCCUGGCACCACCCCAGGGCCCCACGCAGCUGCGCAGAGUGGCUUCCUGUCCCGAGAACCAAAAGUCGCCCGACCGCAUGGCAGACCCCGUCCACGAAGUGUGUAAUAUAUCUGUAAAAAUAGCGGACCUGGGCAACGCCUGCUGGGUGCACCACCACUUCACGGAGGACAUCCAGACGCGGCAGUACCGCUGCCUCGAAGUGCUCCUGGGCGGAGGCUACGGCACCCCAGCCGACAUCUGGAGCACCGCCUGCAUGGCGUUCGAGCUGGCCACGGGCGACUACCUGUUCGAGCCCCACUCGGGCGAAGACUACAGUCGGGACGAGGACCACCUGGCACACAUCAUCGAGCUGCUUGGGGAGAUCCCGCGUCACAUCGCCUUCUCCGGCCGUUACUCCAGGGAGUUCUUCAACAAGAGGGGAGAGCUUCGGCACAUCAGCAACCUAAAGCCCUGGGGCCUGUACGAAGUGCUGACGGAAAAGUAUGACUGGAGCCCCGGUGCGGCCAGGGCCUUCGCCGACUUCCUGCUGCCGAUGCUGGACUACGACCCGGCCAGCCGGGCCAAGGCCUCCGAGUGCCUGAGCCACCCGUGGCUGAACGCCGCCUCGUCCGCGCUGGACCCCGGCCCGGGCGUGCCGCGGCAGCCCGCCGGAGGGGCCACCCCCAAGCGCGGCUUCGCCCACCCGCCCUCCCCCACCUCCUCUACCUCCUCCUCCUCCUCCUCCUCCUGAGGGGCCUGCCUGCCGCCAUUGGUGCUGUCCGGGGUGGGGCACUUGGAAGAGCGGCUCCCCGCCCCGUCGUAUCUGCUCGGCUGCAGCGUGGCCGUCUCCCGGGGACACCCGUGCAUUCGCGUCGUUGCCGAGACGGUUCCAGCCCGCCCAAGUGCCCUCGCAAAUGACGAGGGCGCAGUCGGUUCGUAAGCCCCAGAAAUGUGAUGCGUCCUUGGGUCCUGCGCACGGACUGGAAGGUCGCCCUCGUGUCCCCGACGAUGGCAUCCGCUUCCCCCCGGAGAGAGAUCCUGGCCGUCCACAAAAAAUAUAGAAAUGGGCCGUGCAAAAGAUAAAUUGCGAUCGGGAUCUUUUCUGGACGGUUAUUCUUCAGGUUCUCUCCGUAGAGUAGAGCGAGUGACUCUCAACCACGGGCUUCACCGGGAAGGGAGUGUGCACCUUUGGGUGUGUUUCGACGCAGAUCUCAUUUCUGGGUAGCAGACGCCGUUUUCACCUCAUCAUUGGUCGGGCCGACUCGUUGGUUGCAGCGAUUGGUCCUCCGCACGCUCCUUGGAGAAAGUGCACCGGAGAGUCCCACAGGGGGACAAGGCGAAGAGGGAGCAGCCCCUUACGCAGCGGGGCGCCUAGAGUGCCGCGCCCCCCUCGCCCCCGGCCGGCAGUUUCGACUAGUGCUUUAAGGUGGGCAACCCGACGGGGCGUUGUAAAUUAUUGGGGCCUUUUGCGGCGGCAGAGUUCCCCGUCUGGUGCGGCGUCCUCGGGCAGUUUCCACAUAGAACAUUGGACUCCUGUGUGUGCUCUGUUGCGUCCUCCUAGGCAACACGGCUUCUGUGAACUCGAGAUCCUAGCAGAAACCCGGAUUAAAAGAAGCUGAAAAUGACGACAAACUUCCCCUUCCUCCUGGUAGUUUGUACUUGCUGGUUUGUAUGCGUGUGUGCGAAAAUGGGAUGUGUGCAUUUGGAAGGGUCUGCAGCGAGUGUUUGAAGCCUUCUGUUUGGUUCUCUUUGUUUUACCGCAGAGUUUACACCGAGACAUUUUUGGGGUUAUGUUACACGCGGGUGCGACCCUUUUUUCUUUGUAAACUGUGCUUUUUAAGUUAUGCAAAAUAAAUUUGCGCCAAAGAG